AUGGCUACGCCGUCUUCUAGUCUGUCAGGUUCCUAUGCCUGCACCGACACCCUCAAGGGUGUUUUCUACGGCCCCGGAUCAGUCAAGACAGCUCUCCCUAAGCUCCUUGACAUCAUAGGAGGCAAGAAGGCCCUCAUCGUCACUGGCCGAAGCCUCUACACCAAGACUGACGUCGUAAAGACUGUCGAGGACAUUCUCAAGGAGCACAACGCAUAUGGGGCGACCUUCUACGAGAUUGGCGAGCACUCCCCCAUAGCUGGGGUCAAGAAUGGCGUGAAAGCGUUCAAGGACGCUGGCGCUGACAUUAUUAUUAGCGUCGGAGGCGGCUCCCCUGUUGACGCUGCGAAGGCCAUCCUGUACUUCUUCCAACAGGAAACGGGUGGGCCGUUCCUCCGGCAGAUUGCCAUUCCCACCACUCUCAGCGCCGCAGAGUAUACGAUCAGCGCGGGACUCAAGGACGAACAGGGCAACAAGAUCAGGCUGAUCUCGGAAGAGCUCGCACCAGCGGGUAUAAUUCUCGACGCCGAAUUGACCCUUGCAACUCCCGAGCGGUUAUGGCUCUCUACGGCUCUGCGUGCUUUGGACCACGCAGUUGCUACAGAGAAUCUCUACAGGCCCUUUGUUCCGAUCCCCCUCACGUACCUCUGUUAUGCUGCUAUCGCGGAUCUCUUCACGUACCUGCCAAAGUCAAAAGCAAACCCUCAAGACCUGGAGGCCCGGCAAAGGCUGCAAAUCGCAUCCUGGAUGUCUAUCUGGCCGAUGAAGUCCGAGAAUCACGGGCCUCUUGGAUUAUCGCACUCCUUGGGUCACAAGCUAGGCGCUAAGUACGGCAUUCCCCACGGGAUCACGUCUUGCCUUACCCUUGCACCCGUUGUCGGACUGAAGGCAGAGGUUGCUUCGCAAGAGGACAAGAAAGCGCUAGCUGCUUCGUUAUUCUACCUCCGUCAAGAGUCUACGGGCUCCCUCGAUGGUGACGUCCGCAAGCUGUCCACACUCAUCCGGCAGUUGGUCGACGAUCUUGGACUCAAGUCUACCCUCUCGCAGUAUAACGUACCGAAGGCCGAUCUGCCCAAGAUUGCGGCGUUGGCAGUGGGCAAUGAUGAGGAUCCAUUAGUUCCGAGAACGGUGGCGCUACUGGAAAGUAUCUACGCAUGA